AUGCCUCCCGCAAGCGCGAAGAAGGCGACGCCGCCAAAGGGCGUCUCCCCGAUCGCGGGUUUCUUCGCCAAGAAGGCGUCAUCUGUCGCGUGCCACGAUCCGCAGCCAGCCUCGGACGCCGCGACGUUACGUCGUCACGACGACGUCAAGGCGACCGCCACUGCUGCGCCGGGAGGGGUGAAGCUCAACUUCGAGAGCGAGACCCCCCGCGACCAGCGCGAGCCGCUGCGGAUGAUGGACAACUCCGCGGCGCCGACGCCCGCGAGCGUGCCGCAUCGCAGCGACGGCGGGACCGUGACGCACCAUCGCGACGCCGCGGCGGAUCUCGCGGCGAACGACUCGACGACGCGCGUCGUCGUCGACGCCGCCGCGGUGGCGUCGCGCGUCGCGGGCGCGCCGUCGCCGCAGGCGUCCGUCGGCGACGCGCUCGUGACCCCCGCGCACCCGCGACGGCUGAUGCCCGCGGGCGACGACGACGACGACGACGGCGACGGCGACGACGACUCGAACGCGACGACGACGACGCCGGCGACGAUCGGCGACGCGUCCGCCGCGCCGAAGCGUCCUCCGCGUCGGACGACGACGACGACGACGACGUUCGAGUGCCCGACCGACGCGGCGACGCGCGCGCGCCUGGCGAUCGCGCUGGAGGAGGAGCGCGCGUCGCUCGUCGCCGCCGCGGACGCGCGCCCGACCGAUCGCGCGUCGAAGGAGGACGCGGACGACGACAAGGCGUGGCGCGCGAGGGCGAACAAGCGACUCGACGCGAUCGCGAACGUUUCGAAAAAACUCGCCGACGCCGACGCCGCGAGCGACGACGACCUGGUCGCGAUCGCGGCGCUGAAGCUGUCGAUCGGCGAUCUGAACAAGACGGACGCGCUGGAGAAGAUCGACGCGCACGUCGCCGCGCGGAGGGCGAAGCGCGAGGGCAAAGCCGCCGCCGAGGGCGGCGGCGGCGGCGGCGGCGGCGCGAAAACCUCCGAGGAACUCUUCGCCAAAGCCGCCGAGAAGCACGCGAACGCGGAGGAAACGCUCGCUCUCUACACGUCCAACCCGGCGAAAGUCGCGUUCUUCCGCGCGGACGCCGCGCGACCGAAGGCGACGACGGAGAUGGGGCGCAUCUUAAAGGGCGCGAUCAACGCGAAGGCGCGCGCGGAGGCGCAGCUCGAGAAGGAGAAGGCGCAGAGACUCAAAGACGCGGAGAGGGAAGCGAUGCGCGUCGCGAAAGAGGCGGCGGAGCGCGCGAAACGCGAGGAGAAGGAGGCGGAGACGCGAGCCAAGGAGGCGCAGAGAGAAGCCAUGCGCGUCGCGAAGGAGGAGGCGAGGGCGGCGCGAGAGGCGGAGCGUCUCGCGGCGACGGCGGCGAGGGACGCGGAGCGGCGGGAGAAGGUGCGACGACUCGACUCGACUCGACUCGACUCGACUCGACUCGCUCUCUCGACCGCACGUUCUUCCACGUCACCAAAUCCACCCGAAUCAAUCAUUCCACGUCAUCAAAAACUGACCAAUCAUGUGUUUGCUUCCAAACGCUCAUCACGUCGAAUCGCGCAGGAACGCGAACGCGAGGCGGAAAAAGCCGCGCGGGACGCGGAGAAGACCGCGAAGGAGGCGGAGAAGGCGGCGGAGAAGGCGGCCAGAGACGCGGCGAGAGAAGCGGAGAAGACCGCGAGGGACGCGGCGAGAGAAGCGGAGAGGGCUGAGAAAGAGCGCGCGAUCGCCGCGGCCGAGGAGGAGCGCAAGGCGAGAGAGGCGGCGGCGACGGCGAAAAAGGCGAAGCAAGCCAACGCGUUCAAGGGCUUCUUCGCCGCCGCGCCGAAGAAGCCGAUCGUUGCGCCGCCCGCGGUGACGACCGCGCCGGUCGUGCCCGGGGGCGGCGGGUCGCUCUCCGAUGACGCGAUGGACGCGGUGACGCGCGCGGUGACGGCGCAGGGGUUCGACGCCGCCGCCGCGUGGGAGGCGACGCGGACGCGGUGGAAACAGAAGAAACGAGGUUCGACGCCGUCUGACGACUCCACAUUGUGUCCGACACUCUUCUCAUCGAUCUCCUCGCGGUGGGGCGAGCGCAAGCGCAAGCGCGAGCGGAAGCCGCUCACCGCGGAGGACAAGGCGUUCGCGGACGCGCUCGACGCGUCGCGCGAGGACGCGCGCCUGCCGUCGCCGCGGCCGAAACGACGACGCCUCUUCGCCGUGCAGUGCUCCUCGCACGUCGUCGUCGACGGCGACGUCGUCGUGAACGAGGGGACGUACCGCUACGGGUUCCAGCUCGGCGGCGCGGACGUGCACGAGGGGAAUCCGUUCGAGACGUUCCGGCCCGUUCAAGGCGGCCGACCCGCGUUUUGGGGCAGCGGGCCGUUCCCGGAACGCCCCGGGCUCGUCAGCGCGACCGUCACCGGACGCGCGCCGUUCAAGCGCGAUCCGCGCGUCGAGUACGAGAACUCCGACGGCGAGUGGAACGACUCCGGGGACGAGUGGGGCGAGGAAGAGGAGGAGGGCGAAUCCCUGAGCGACGGAGGAAAGGGAGACGACGACGACGGCGACGACGACGACGACGGCGACGAAGAGGAGACGGGGUUCGUCGUCCCGGACGGGUACCUGUCCGGGGACGAGGUCGUCGACGGCGGCGACGCUGCGUUGCUCGACGGCGGCGGCGGCGACGAGAUGGAUCACGAUCGUCAUCAUCCCGCGCGCGACGGCGACGGCGACGACGACGCCGCCGCGAGGGCGAGGAGAGAACGCGCCGUCGCGCAGCUCGCGCAGUGGAUGAAACGCGCGAGGCACCAGAACCGCCCGCUCGUGCUCACCGCGUUCAACGUCAACGCCGCCGCGCCGAGCACGCCGGAGCGGGGCCCGGGCGACGGCGUCGGUGAGCCGUCGACCGCGACCGUCGACGCGUGCGCGACCGACGCGAACGCGUGCGCGGACGCGAACGCGCGGCUGCUUCGCGCGCUGGGCGCGACGUCGUACAGAGCGUUCGACGGCGCGGCGCCCGUCGCCGUCGACGCCGCGAUACCGCUGCCGCACGUCCCCGGCGCCGGCGGCGACGACGACGACGCCGGCGCGGGCAUGGGCGGCGUGGAUGUGACCGCCGGCGUGGACGACGGUGGCGGCGACGCGGCGGGAGCGGGAGCGGCGGCGGCGAAGAAGGGCCCCUCGACGUUCCCGGAGGCGUCGACCGCGACGCUCGUGAAGUUUCUCAUGGCGCGCCCGAAGCUCCAGAUCAACAAGGCGACGCGCGCGUUCGUGGAGGAGCGGUCGCGCGACGGCGGUCCCGAGCUCACGAUGCGCGCGGUCAAGGCGAAGAUUGGCGAGAUCGCGACGUACCGACGCGCGCGGUGGGAGUUCACGGCGGAGACGCUCGCGGCGUGCGCGAUCGUCGACGACCGCCCGCCGCCGCCGGCGCCGAAACCGAAGGCGGCGGCGGCGAGCGCGAAACCGAAACCGGCCGCGGCGGUGGACGCGGCGGACGCGGCGGCGGUCGACGUCGGCGCUGCCACGACGAAAGAGAUUUCUUCUCCGGUCAAGAGCGCGAAGAGCACGCCGAGGUCGACGCCGGUGAAGAUGAAGCCGCUCGGCGCGUUUUUCAAGACGUCUCCGGCCGCCGCCGCGACGGCGGCGGCGGCGGUCGCGGACGCGGCUCCGGCGGACGCGGCGGCGGCGGCGGACGCGUCUCCGGCGGCGGUGGACGCGUCUCCGGCGGUCGCGGCGACGGAGGGGGGCGACGGAGGGGUCGUCGCGGACGACCCCAUGGCGGUGGAGUGA